CUCGGUUAGUUAAAAGUCUGGUUCUUCUGCUUUAAAAGCCUUUCUACAGAUACCAAUGACAGCUAAGAAGCUCGUUCUAGGUUACGGGGUUGUAGUGCUGUAGAGAUAAUAAGAUCUACAUUUUAUAUCAAAGAGAACGCUGGGCACAAUCCGCUGCACAUUUGUGAGCAAUCCUAGUUAGCAAUCGAACAGUUAGAAUUGACAGUCUGUGUGACAAAUGUAAACAGUCUGGAGUAUUGUUUAGUCUGAGCAUCAAGGGGAAAAGGCAAAUCUAAUGCUCAGAUACCUGGUGUGAUACUUUUUUAUUAGCUCCUAUAUUUAGGUUCUACGACUUCACUAAAUAUUUUGAACAGAGAAAAAAUAACAGAAAAAUAAAACUAACGAAGUUGUAAUUUGUUGUUGUUGUUAGUUGGUUUUCUAUGAAUCAGGGUUAAACUAAUGCAUUAGUAAUUUGAUCUCAAAAUCUGCAUUAUUUCGAUCUGAUAAAAUGUGUGCUCAUAUUUUUUGUUCUGAUUCCCUUCUAAAGCUUUAGCCUAACUAAAUUCCCAUUCAAUUGGAUUUAUUUAGUCGUUUGAAAGAUAAAUCAGUGGGUAAAUUUACAGCCAUUUAAAGUACCUUGACUUUAUAAUAAAAUCUUCAUUUAGUGUUGCUCUUCUCCAGAAUGACGUUGAUGCAAAGUGGAGGACCAGCGUGCCAAUCCAUUGGCCAAUCCGAGCUGCUCCUGAAGAGGGUUCGUCCAAUCAGAGAGCGCGCCUUGCAGGUGGCUGUGCGGUUAUCUGUGCAUCUUGUACAGCUCUGGUCUCAGCUCUGAGUCAAUUUCACCGGGAAGGAACUCUGCCUGUAACUACCAAAAAACAAACAAAAAAAUCAUCAAAACCACCCGCCCUUCCGAAUCCUCUGAUUUCCUAGUGGAUUUUCAAUCGGGGCUCAGCAAUCAAAGUCGUCCAGGGACACUGCCAGCUGAAGUCUGUUUUGACCGAGACUUUGCCUCCCUGUGCUUUGCAAUAUUUUCCUGCCUCAUUUUUGUUUUCCUCCUGACUGAAACUUUACAGUGUGCAUUGCUGCAGCUGCAGAUCCUGGCAGAGCCCAGGCGAUCGCUUGCUACUCAGCACAAAACUUUGUUACUGACUGGUAUUUUGAUUUUUUUUUUUUAAGACUAACGAGCCCGUGGCUGGCGCUGCUCGUGUGGGUUAAGAAUAAAACAGCUGGCUUUUUUAUACAUCUAUAUAUAGAUUUAUUGAUGAUCACAAAUGUUAGCUGUGGGGCAGAUGGAUACUAAUCGCCAGAGUGCAUUUGUUCUGAGCAGUACACCGCUGGCUGCUCUGCAUAACAUGGCUGAAAUGAAGACGUCUCUAUUCCCCUACACCCUGCAGAAUCCCUCCAGCUUCAAAGCACCAGCCGUGGGCGGACUGAACACACAGAUCCCCUUAGGGACUCCGCACGGAAUAAGCGACAUCCUGGGAAGACCUGUUGGAACCACCACCAAUCUCCUCACCGGGCUGCCCCGGAUUAAUGGACUGGCUACUUCAGCAGGGAUGUAUUUUAACCCUGCAGCUGUGUCCAGGUACCCAAAGCCCUUGGCAGAGCUGCCUGGGCGACCUCCUAUUUUCUGGCCGGGAGUUAUGCAGGGAUCUCCCUGGAGAGAUCCGAGAAUCGCCUGUCCUGCCCAGACUGGAAUGGUUCUGGACAAAGAUGGAAAGAAGAAACACUCAAGACCAACUUUCUCAGGGCAGCAGAUUUUUGCUUUGGAGAAAACGUUUGAACAAACUAAAUAUUUGGCAGGACCUGAGAGAGCUCGUCUGGCCUAUUCGUUAGGAAUGACAGAAAGUCAAGUUAAGGUGUGGUUCCAGAACAGAAGGACGAAAUGGAGAAAGAGGCACGCAGCAGAAAUGGCCUCAGCUAAGAAAAAACACGAUUCAGAGACGGAGAAGCUGAAGGAGAGCUCAGAUAAUGAGGACGAUGAUGAAUAUAACAAACCUCUGGACCCCAACUCAGACGAUGAAAAAAUCACGAGGUUAUUGAAAAAGCACAAAUCCACAAAUUUACCCCUCAUCAGCCCCUGCAGUAACAACUCGGAUACUUUGUGAUGAAGGGCAAGAGCCCCUAGCCAACAAGACUGACUGCUCCCUAAGGCGCUUUACAAAAGCUGAAAUAACCAGGGUAUAAACAUUAUAAAGAAGAAUUGUAACUGGAUGUUUAAAAGUGAUGUGUUGUACAGCCUAAGAUGUAUGUGAAAUGUAUAUAUUUUUUACAGAAUAAGUUAUGAAAUUAUCUUUCUUCUCAUUGAUGUAAAUUGCAGAGGAAUCUUUCCAACGUUCCUUUAUCUGGUUUCUUUUUACUUUCUCCCCCCUCCCCCUCGUCUUUCUUGCCAAUUUCCUGCUCCUAACAAUCAGAUUUUGUUACUGUUUUGUAUGGAUCACCGACUGCAACUCAGCCACUUUGUAUAUAGGAACUUUCAGAUUUUUGUGAUGUAUAUUUCUAGUGUAAAAAAUGGCUCUUAUUUCGCCCCUCUCCUCUCAUUGAGCGUUUUGGCAGUUUUAGUUUCUUGCUCGCUACGGAUUUUAUGCUCUAUCACAUAAAAAAAUCAACCAAAAAGACAGACGAAACUGGACACUGGAGUUUAAAUUGGAUUAAAACUAUUGCCUCCA